CUUCUCCUCCUGCAUUGCAGCGCAAGCCUCAUCUCACAUCACCCAGCCAUGCAGUCCCACUGUGCUCCAUCCUGUGCUAUCCCAAGCUGUAGGCCCACCCAGGCUAUUGGCUCCUGUGGCAUUGGCGGUGGCUUCGGCUUCGGCAGUGGCGGUUAUGGUAUCGGUGGCGGAUAUGGCAUGAUGGGAUACGGUGGUGGCUCUGGACUUGCCACGUCUGCCAGCAGUCUGGGCGUGAUUCCUGGUGUCCCCGUGUCUUGCGUCAGCCAGAUCCCCUCCUCUGAAGUGGUGAUCCAGCCCCCUCCAUUCACUUUAACCAUCCCGGGACCUGUUUUGGCUGCUAGUUGUGAGCCUUUGGCUGUAGGGGGUUAUUCCCCAUGUGCCUCCGGAGGCUACGGUAUGUCUGGAGGUUAUGGCUCCUCCCGUUAUGGUUCCGGUGGGUACUUGGGAGGUUCCGGUGGGUACCUGGGGGGUGGCCGAUGCUAUGGGUCAAAGCGUAGACAGAGCGUUUGCGGAUACCCCUGCUAAACAUCAAACCGAUUGUACGUGGAACCUCCGACUCCAGGAAAUUGGAUCCAACCUUCCCUUCGAGCCGGUUCUCCAAAAAAAAACAACCCAGCAUCUAUAUGUCAAUUCCAAGCUACGAAUUGCUCAGCACCCCUAAACCUCGGGCUUUGAACCUAGAUGUGCUUCUUCCUUUUCUGAUGUUUCUAUGGCUUAUUAAUGUGACUUUCUACCUCAGUUGUGUAACACGUAGCUGGGUAUUUCGGGCCACGGAGACCCAAAACCGAUCCAUCUUCUUCUGUACCGUCCUGUCCGUUCUGCAUUAAAAACUUUCGUUGCAUCACA